CGUUAACGUCAUCCAGGAAGUAGCUAACUUGCUUGCUUAUGCAGGAAACGCGGAAAGUUCAAAAUAUUCUGAUACAGUUCUACGGUUGCUUCGUCGGAGAUUAAGGAAAGAUUGAAACGGAAAGAAAAUGCAUAUCUAACAGAAAUGGCUAACUACAAACCAGAAAGGACGUCUGUUUAAAAAAAUUGGAAUUAACAAAAAAAGGAGUGAUUCACAUUCGCGUACACACGAUGGAGGCGCCAGGAGGUACCUGGAUGGCCCUCAAUGACAACAAGGCCGGUAUGGAGGGGUUAGACAAAGACAAAAUCAACAAGAUAAUUCUGGAAGCGUCCAAGGGAUCCAGGUACUAUGAGAGUGAGCUGAAGAAGGAGCAGAAGGUGAACCAGCGCAUUGAGAAGAUGCUGCAAUAUAAAGAACUCAUCACCCAGCAACAGCUCCUCAGGGCCCAGGAACAGGUGGAAAAGAUGGCUGCUGACCUGGAGAGGGGGCGGUGUUUGGGGCGUGUCAUUGUGCAUGUGGACAUGGAUGCCUUCUACGCGGCGGUGGAGAUGAGAGACCGGCCGGAGCUCAAGGACAGGCCCAUGGCCGUGGGGUCCGACCGCAUGCUGUCGACGUCCAAUUACCACGCCCGGAAGUUCGGUGUCCGUGCGGCGAUGCCCAGCUUCAUCGCCAGGAAACUCUGCCCUGACCUCGUCAUUGUUCCACACAACUUCGAGAAGUACAGGGCCGCGAGCACUGAGGUGCGGGAGGUUUUCUCUGAGUACGACCCGUUCUUCAUGCCCGUGAGUCUGGACGAGGCGUACCUGGACUUCACCGAGCACCUGCGGGAGCGACAGGGCUGGCCCGAGGCCCGGCGGACACACACCCCCCGCACAGAGACCGCCACUGCUGAGGGCAGGGGGGUGGAGGAGGGGUCCCAGGGCGAUGGGGGCUCUGCGGACCUGUCCCUGGUCCUGUUUGAGGACGACCCCGUUUCCCCCCCUGGCCCCCAGGGGCCAGCAGAGCCGGUGGUGUUUGGGACGGGUGCAGAGGAAGCGGUGCGGGAGAUGCGCUUCCGCAUAGAGCAGCGCACCAGCCUGACCGCCAGCGCAGGCAUCGCUCCAAACAUGAUGCUGGCCAAGGUGUGCAGCGACAAGAACAAGCCCGAUGGACAGUACUGCAUCCCCGCAGACAGACAGGCCGUGAUGGACUUCAUCCAGGACCUCCCCAUCCGCAAGGUGUCGGGCAUUGGGAAGGUAACAGAGAAGAUGCUGAGAGCUCUGGGCAUCACCACCUGUUCCGGGCUGCUCCAGCAGGGGGCGCUGCUAUCCCUGCUGUUCUCUGAGCUCUCCUGGCAUCACUUCCUGCAGAUCUCUCUGGGCCUGGGCUCCACGCACAUCGAAAGGGAUAGUGAAAGGAAGAGCAUGAGCACAGAAAGGACGUUUGCAGAGAUGAGCAGUGCGGAGCAGCAGUUUGACCUGUGCAGAGAGCUCUGUCGGGAUCUGGCCCAGGACCUGCAGAAGGAGGACUUGAAGGGGAAGACGGUGACGGUGAAGCUGAAGAGUGUGAACUUCGAGGUGAAGACCAGAGCUUCCACUGUGUCAUCAGCGGUGUCCAGCGAGGAGGAGAUCUAUGCCGUGGCCAGAGACCUCCUGAAGAUCGAGAUUGACAAUGCCAGCCCCCACCCGCUGAGGCUAAGGCUCAUGGGGGUCCGUGUGUCGGGGUUCCUGAGCUCUGACGACAGGAAGUCUCUGCAGAAGAGCAUCGUCAGCUUCCUGCAGUCCAGCAGGCCUCCUGGAGACACCCCGCUGCCUAACACCGCCCCAGAUAAUCCCACCCCCCUGUCUGGGGGGGCUGUGAUACAGACGGGCAUGUCUCUCACAGCCCGGCCCUCCAAACCGGGUCGCUCAGCGCGGGAGGGGCAGUCCUUCUUCCAGAGGGCUGAAGCCCAGAGGCUGAGGGGGCAGGCUGGGCGGGGAGAGGAGCGGGAAGGGGAGCAGGGAGAGGAGCGGGGAGGUGUGUCCUCCUGCUCGCUGCAGCAGGGGCAGGCUGGGCUGACCUGCCCCAUCUGCUUCCAGCAGCAGGAGAGUGCAGAUCUGCGCAGCUUCAACCACCACAUAGACCAGUGUCUCAGCGCAGGGCCAGCACAAAGCCAUGGGGUGGGGGCAGACUGGGGAGCAGGGGUAGGAGGUGGGAGGAGCGGCUUGCAGGGGGAGCGGAUGCGGCCUAAAGCAGCUGCUGCUGUAAGAGACUCAGAUGCCAGGGCAGGUAGCAGCGACAGGCCGCCCGGCACUCCUGGCACCCACACCCUGACCAGCAGCAGCCUGAGGCCUGCAGAGUCCGGCAGACCUGGCACUCUCAGCCAUCGCCCACUUUGCUCUGGAGCGUCAGACCUGACUCCCUGGCGUCCCCCCCUGACCUGUCCCGUGUGCUGCACCCAGCAGGGCGGCAACCUCACCCUCUUCAACACACACCUGGACAUGUGUCUGAACCAGGACGUCCUGCAGGAGCUGGGGCCAGGGCCACUCUCACACAACGCCAGUGUCACAGCCAGCACCGAGGGCAAAGGAACACCUGAACCCUGCCAGAGCGCACCGAAGCCCAGCAGUAAAAACAAAAGGUGUGGGUCUCCUACUCUUCCUUCUCCUAAGAAAGCCAAAGGGCUGAACCCCCGGAACACCAUCGACCGGUUCUUCAGAUGACCACAGAGAGCAGCCAGGAGCUCAUCAUCAGAGAACAGCCAGGAGCUCAUCAUCAGAGAGCAGCCAGGAGCUCAUCAUCAGCGACCAGCGUUAAACCAGGCCUUCCAGUAUGUGUGGGCUUACAUCCUCAUGUUGACAUGAGCUUGUGGAAAAUGAUUUUCUCUCAACAAAGCACAGUAUGCAGGCGUAUGCACCUGUAUAUUAUUCAGUUUAAAAAUAAAACAAACAGCAAGUACAUCAAAUCAUAAAUAAUCACUGUUCCCAUCUGCAUACUCAUUGCCAGGCACAAAUUUUGGUUUUAAUUUAAAAUAUUAUUCUGACACUGAUCUAAUUUGCUAAAUGUGACAUUUUACAGUGACUGGGCAGCAGUACUGGCCAGUAAAGCCCAGUAUUAUAAUAACGAUGGUGGUGAUGUCUGUGUGAGAAAGUGGUAGUAAUUCCAAUUUAACUUGGGCUUUGUAUCCCUUGUACUUUGCUGCAGGCAGACUGUACCGCACAUUAAUAUAAAGACAGAUGCACUAGCAGCGUGUGGCUUUCUUAAAAGACAGAGUACAAGUUGAAGCAAUCCGGCUUAAUGCAUAUUUGAGUGACUAGCGUACCCUGGGGUGUUCUGUGCUAAAGCAUGAAGCUUCAUCAUUCAUCACUGCACUGGAGACCUCCAGGGCUAACGGAACAUUACUCCCCAUCAGUACGAGGCUUCCUCAUUGGCUGAGCCUUGUGUGCAUCUCUCAGUAUGAGGCCUCCUGAUUGGCUGAGCCUCAUGUGCUUCUGUCACUCUGGGAAACUCUGUUCUUCUCCCCAGCACAGUGCAGACAGGCUUUACUGUGGAGAAGGACAGAAGGACGCUUUCCAGAACGACACUGUUAAUUAUGUCUCAGCGUGUUGUAUUUACCUCAGGCAUUUGUGCUUAUUCUGUCUGGAGAAGGGGUUUUAAUAAGAAUUCCCUUUAUGGUGAUGGUUGACAUUUCACACCUGUUAUAAACUCCAGCCAGGUGUGGAAAGUUCAUGACCUUGUGUGCAAUAGCUUAGCCCUGGGGGAAAUAGAAUAUACUGCAAAAUAUAAUUAUAAAUAUAUUUAAGGAAAUAUGUGUAUUGCAGUAUCAGAAAACAAAUCAUUUUAAUUUUUGUAUGUACUGUGAUAGUGUCUUAAUACAUUUAAAUUUAGGUGGGACUCAUGGCGUGCACUAGUAAAUGCCUGUUAUUUAAUAUGGGCUUUAGUCUUAAAGAUUUGCUAUUAAAUAUAAGAGAUCUGUUUUAAUAUAUUGGCUAAAAUUAUGUUACUUUGAAUAUGAUUUUAAUGUAUAAUAUGUAAUGCACUUUUAGCUUAAGUGCACAUUGCUUGGAGUGUGUCAUUUAAGCUUUUCUUAUGUAAUACAUCUUCCUGUAUAAAUAAUUACCUACAUAAAAUUAUUUUAUUUUGUUUUGGAAUUUGUAUAUUUCGUCUCGAAACUAAAUUCCUGCAACGAAUGUGUGAACAGCUAUUCAAAGAUACAUCCAAGAUGUUCCAAAAUCUGUCCAAUAAUGUUAAAACUGAAUUGCAAAAAAAUCUUGUAUGAAGAUGGAAGUGUGUGUUUGUGUGUGGAAACAAUGUUGCCAAAUCUGUAUGCAAAUGCAAUAAAUUAUUGGCUCAUUUGA